CCGUUUCCGGUUUGACCCGGAUUCACAACAACAUGUAGAACCCGCAGAGAGGCGAACUGCGUGAUUCAGACUGAACCUCUUGUUUAUCUUUCACGGCUGCGGGGUUGUUUGUUAUCGGGGAUUAUCGGACGGUUAUCGUGUUAGAGACACCGAGAGACGACGUGAUGACGUUUACUCUGACGUUUGUGACCGUUAGUAGACGUUAGCAUCGCUAGCCUGUCGUCAACAACAACAACAACAACAACAACAACAACUCUCCUGUCAACAACUGUAGAGCCAACUUCAACAGCUGACGAGCGCUGAGGUGAGAUGGGGAACCAGCUGGCGGGGAUCGCCCCGUCUCAGAUCCUCUCUGUGGACAGCUACUUCUCCGACAUCCACGACCACGAGUACGACAAGAGCCUGGGCAGCACGCGCUUCUUCAAGGUGGCCCGGGCCAAACACCGAGAGGGUCUGGUGGUGGUCAAAGUGUUCGCCAUCCAGGACCCGUCGCUGCCUCUGACCAGCUACAAACAGGAGCUGGAGGAGCUGAAGAUCCGCCUUCACUCCUGCCAGAACUGCCUGCCCUUCCAGAAGACCUCCCUGAGCGAGAAGGCCGCCAUCUUGUUCCGCCAGUACGUCCGGGACAACCUGUACGACCGCAUCAGCACGCGGCCCUUCCUCAACAACGUGGAGAAGCGCUGGCUCGCCUUCCAGAUCCUCAACGCGGUCGACCAGGCGCACAGAGCCGGCGUCCGCCACGGCGACAUCAAGACGGAGAACGUGAUGGUGACCAGCUGGAACUGGGUGCUGCUCACCGACUUCGCCAGCUUCAAGCCCACCUACCUGCCCGAGGACAACCCCGCCGACUUCAACUACUUCUUCGACACGUCUCGGAGGAGGACGUGCUACAUCGCUCCGGAGCGCUUUGUGGACGGGAGCAUGUUCACGACGGAGAGCGACCAGAACACGCCGCUGGUCGAUCUGACCAACAACAACCAAAGGGGCAGAGGCGAGCUCAGACAGGCCAUGGACAUCUUCUCUGCAGGAUGUGUGAUAGCUGAGCUCUUCACUGAGGGCGUCCCGCUCUUCGACCUCUCUCAGCUGUUGGCGUAUCGUAAAGGACACUUCCAGACGGAGCACGUCCUCCUGAAGAUCGAAGACCACAGCAUCAGAGAGCUGGUGGCUCAGAUGGUUCAGCGCGAGCCGGAGAAGCGUCUGACGGCCGAGGAGUAUCUGAAGCAGCAGCGAGGGAAAGCGUUCCCCGACAUCUUCUACACCUUCCUGCAGCCGUACAUGGCGCAGUUCGCCAAAGAGACCUUCCAGUCGGCCGACGAGCGAGUGCUGGUCAUCCGUAAAGACCUGGACAACAUCCUGCUCAACCUGCGCGGCGGCUCCGCCCCCUCCUCCACUCAGGAUAGCGGCGACGUCGCCAUGAGCUCGCGGGAGGAGCAGGGCCUCAUCGUGCUGGUGUCCGUCAUCACUUCCUGUCUGCAGACCCUUCACUCGUGCGACUCGAAGCUCGCCGUGCUGGAGCUCGUCCUGCACCUCGCCCCGCGGCUCAGCGUCGACAUCCUGCUCGACCGCAUCACGCCGUACCUGCUGCACUUCUGCAACGACCCCGUGCCCCGCGUGCGCGCUCAGGCCGUGCGCACGCUCGCCAAAGUGCUGGCGCUGGUGAAGGAGGUGCCGAGGAACGACGUCAACAUUUACCCGGAGUACAUCCUGCCGGGCAUCGCUCACCUCGCGCAGGACGACGCCACCAUCGUCAGGCUGGCGUACGCAGAGAACAUCGCUCACCUGGCAGAGAGCGCGCUGCGUUUCCUGGAGCUCGUUCAGGAAAACAACGUGAACACGGAGCAGGACCUGAGCGGAGAGGACACGGAGGAGACACUCCACCCCAACGAGAACUACGACUCAGAGCUGCAGGCGCUGCACGAGAUGGUGCAGCAGAAGGUGGUGACGCUGCUCAGCGACUCGGAGAACAUCGUCAAACAGUCGCUGAUGGAGAACGGCAUCACGCGCCUCUGCGUCUUCUUCGGCCGGCAGAAAGCCAACGACGUGCUGCUGUCUCACAUGAUCACCUUCCUCAACGACAAGAACGACUGGCACCUGAGAGGCGCCUUCUUCGACAGCAUCGUGGGCGUGGCGGCGUACGUGGGCUGGCAGAGCUCGUCCAUCCUGAAGCCCCUCCUCCAGCAGGGUCUGAGUGACACCGAGGAGUUUGUCAUCUACAAAGCUCUUAACUCCCUCACCUGUAUGUGUCAGCUGGGUCUGCUGCAGAAACCUCACAUCUACGAGUUCGUCAGCGACAUCGCUCCGUUCCUGUGUCACCCCAACCUGUGGAUCCGUUACGGGGCGGUGGGCUUCAUCACCGUCAUCGCUCAACACCUCAACGUGGCCGACGUCUACUGCAAACUGAUGCCUCACCUCAACCCCUUCAUCACGCAGCCCAUCAUCCAGAUCGAUAAGGAGCUGGUCCUCCUCAGCGUGCUGAAGGAGCCCGUCAGUCGCUCCAUCUUCGACUACGCCCUGCGCUCCAAAGACAUCGCCAGCCUCUUCCGCCACCUGCUGCUCCGACAGAAGAAGCGUGCAGGAUCCAUCCCAGAAUGCCCCACUCCGGACGACCCGGCCAUCGCUCAGCUGCUCAAGAAGCUCCUCUCACAGGGAAUGACCGAGGACGAGGAGGACAAGCUGCUGGCGCUCAAAGACUUCAUGCUGAAGUCCAACAAGGCCAAAGCCAACAUGGGCGAGCAGAGCCACCUGGGGGAGGCGGCCCAGACCGGAGUCAUCGACCUCGCCACGCUCGGCAUCAUGGGACGCCAGGUGGACCUGGUUAAACCUAAAGCUGAGGCCGAGGACAAAAGAGCGAGGAAGCACACGAAGCAGGACUCCACCAUGAACGAGGAGUGGAAGAGCAUGUUCGGAUCCCAGGAGCCGCCGUCCGCUCAGCCCGCCACGGCUGUUGACGGGCCUACGAGUCAGAUCAGGAAGAGCGCCGUGGCCCCGGCGUUGCCCGUGCUGCAGUCGGUGGCGAGUGGCCCCGCCUACCAGCGCCGCAUCAACACCUGCAAGACGGAGCUUCAGCAGCUGGUGCAGCAGAAGAGAGAGCAGUGCAGCGCCGAGCGGAUGGCCAAACAGAUGUUAGAGAGCGCCGAGUGGGAGAGCAGACCCCCCCCUCCAGGCUGGCAUCCCAAAGGUCUGCUGGUCGCUCACCUCCACGAACACAAAGCCGCCGUGAACCGCAUCAGAGUGUCAGACGAACACUCCAUCUUCGCCACGGCGUCCAACGACGGCACGGUCAAAGUGUGGGACAGUCAGAAGAUGGAGGGAAAGACCACGACCACGAGGUCCGUGCUGACUUACUCUCGUAUCGGCGGCCACGUGAAGACGUUGACCUUCUGUCAGGGCUCUCACUAUCUGGCGGUGGCGUCAGAUAACGGAUCCAUCCAGCUGCUGGCGGUCGAGGCCAAUAAACCCCCGAAGUCGCCCAAAGUGCAGCCGUCCCAGACGAGGUCUCUGGACCUUCAUCAGGACGGCUGCGCGGUCGACAUCCAUCAUUUUAACUCGGGCGCUCAGCCCGUGUUGGCGUACGCCACCGUGAACGGCUCGCUGGUCGGCUGGGACCUUCGCUCCAACACCAACGCCUGGACGCUCCACCACGACCUCCGCCUGGGACUCAUCACGUCCUUCACCGUCGACGUUCACCAGUGCUGGCUCUGCCUGGGAACCAGCAGCGGCACCAUGGCAUGCUGGGACAUGCGGUUCCAGCUCCCCAUCUCGAACCACUCCCACCCGGCCCGAGCACGAAUCAGACGGCUGCUGAUGCAUCCACUCUACCAAUCGUCUGUGAUCGCCGCUGUCCAGGGGAAUAACGAGGUGUCGAUGUGGGACAUGGAGACGGGGGAUCGUAAAUUCACUCUGUGGGCGAGUUCUGCACCUCCCCUCUCUGAGAUGCAGCCGUCUCCUCACAGUGUUCACGGGAUCUACUGCAGUCCUGCUGACGGGAACCCUCUGCUGCUCACUGCAGGGUCCGACAUGAGGAUCAGGUUCUGGGAUUUGGCGUAUCCCGAGCGGUCGUACAUCGUGGCGGGCGGCGCCAACGACUCGCUGCACUGCCCGUCCGUCCUGUACAGCCGGAAGAUCAUCGAGGGGACGGAGGUCGUGCAGGAGAUUCACAGCAAACAGAAGAGCGGCGUGGUGGAGGACUCGCCCCGCCGCGGCCCAGAAUCGCUCCCUGUGGGACACCACGACAUCAUCACGGACAUCGCCACCUUCCAGACGACGCAGGGCUUCAUCGUCACCUCGUCCAGAGACGGCAUCGUCAAGGUGUGGAAGUGAGCGGCGAGCGGCGUCGGACGCACAAACUUUUUCAUGUCUUUAGACUUGAUGAGGAGCGCUCUCUCUCACCCGCUCUCACACAGGAAGUCAUCAUCUGUUUAUUCACACAGAAGAGAUUUCACUUUUCAUUUUUAACAGUAGAAGACGUCGUCCUCCUGCUGGAUGGUCACAUGAUGCUCUCUUCAGCCCCCCCGCCUCACGUUGCUCUGUUUGUGCACUUAGAGAGAACGUCUGUAUUUUUAGAGAGAGAGAGAGAGAGACAGACAGACAGAGAGAGACAGAGAGAGCGAGACAGACAGAGAAAGAGAGAGACAGAGAGAGCGAGACAGACAGAGAAAGAGAGACAGAGAGAGGGAGAGAGACACAGAGAGAGAGAGAGAUCACUGUUCUCUGUCAUCACAGUGAGUCUUCAAACAGAUUGACGGUCUCUCUUCACGACUCAUGAUGACUUGUUGAAGGAGUGAAUGACUCAGCAUAUUUCUGUCAGAGCUGGAACUUUAGUUAUAAGAAAUAUUUAGUCUUUGAAAAGUUUCAUGAUGGAUUAACUCGUAGUUAUCCAAUCCAUUACUUUAAUUCAAAAUGAAAAUACAUUUUCAGUCCUCGUCUUAGUCGGCACAGUGGUUCAAGGGUCUGUCUCUACAUGUCAGCCCUGUGAUUGACAGGUGAACAGUCCAGUCCAGGGUGUAACCCCGCCUCUCACAUACUGACCUCUGAGUCCACCCCCCCCCCCCUCAUAGAUACUGGAUGGAUAUUCACUCAUCAUGUAUUUGAACUUUGAGCAUCUGAGACUCCAAACGAGACGAUUUAAAUCCUGUGACAUCAUUUCACCCGUCCCCUUCGUUUGUGUUUGUUAUCAGCUGAGUCCCUCUUUCUCUCUGUACAUACGUUACUUAAAUCUGAUUAAUAUAAAGUUAUGAUCUGUUGAGUUUCUGCAGAUGAACCAUGUGACCUGUGAUUCCAUGUGUGUCCAUCUGUCCAAUAAAAACCUGCAGCACAAA